AUGCCACCACCACCUCCGCCGUCAGGCUUCACCUUCACAUUUUCACCAAACCUCUCCGCCUACAAUGUUACAGUUGGCGACCUCCUCGAGGUCCGUCGGCCUCAUGUGCCGCUCCUCAAACACCUAGCAACCGGUGCCCUGGUAUUUUCGCACGAUGACCACAUCCUGCUCAUCCAGCGCGCCCCAGACGACUCGAUGCCACUCAAAUGGGAGAUUCCCGGCGGUGCUUGUGACGUUGAAGAUGAGACUGUCUUGCAUGGGCUGGCGAGGGAAUUGUGGGAGGAGAGCGGGCUUCUCAUGAUACAUGCGGUCGAGCUGGUAUCAAAAGAUGUGUUUCUAACGCGAAGGGGGAGAACUGUAGAGAAGAUGACAUUCGAGGCAGAGGUGCAAACCCCAAGCACAUCUGAGAGACCGGUGGUGACACUUGACCCUCAGGAGCAUGUGCGGUUCCUCUGGGCUACCGAGGAAGAGUGUCGGGCGGGCAAGGCCAUCUGGGACGGGGAGAAAGUGACCAUCGAUUUUACCACCAAGGAUCAACAUCGAGUUAUCAUGACUGGGUUCAAGAUCAGGAGAGAGAGGAAGCAGCUGUAG